UCUCCAUCUAUAUAAAUGGCUUCCUUACCAAACACAGAGAUACCAAACUCAAAUAUACACGUACAGAAAAACAACACAAAAAACAUGGAGGAGCUACCACCAGGUUAUCGCUUCUACCCAACAGAAGAAGAACUGAUCUCCUUCUACCUGCACAACAAGCUCGAAGGGAAGCAAGUAGAUACUCGUCGCCUAAUCCCGGUUAUGGACGUUUACAGCAAAGAGCCAUGGGACCUUCCAAAGUUUUCGGGGGAGUUGUGCAAUGGAGACAGAGAGCAAUGGUUUUUCUUUACACCGAGGCAACAACGAGAAGCUCAAGGAGGGAGGCCCAACAGGACUACUGCCUCUGGGUACUGGAAGGCCACCGGGUCACCUGGCUAUGUUUACUCCUCAGAUAACAAGGUGAUUGGAGUGAAGAAAACCAUGGUUUUCUAUAAAGACAAAGCUCCAACUGGAAGAAAAACCAAAUGGAAGAUGAAUGUGUACAGAGCCAUUGAAGUAGACAACUUAACUAACACUAGUGCUAGUGCUAGCACUAGUACACCCAAGUUGAGGGAUGAAUUCAGUUUGUGUCGAGUGUACGUUGUAUCUGGGAGUGCUCGAGCAUUUGACAGACGGCCAUUGGAGCCAGUAGAGGCACAACAAAAAUUUAGUAACUCUACAGAAGCAAGUACUUCUUCUUUGAAGACUACAAUGGUGGACAAAGCAAGCUCAUCAGACGAAACUUAUUCACAUUCCGGAGAGCUUGGUGAUCUCCUGGAGACGUCAGCAGGGAUUAAUAGUAGUAAUUGGGAGAUUAAUGAAGGUUUUGAAGAACCUCUAUGGGAAUGGGAACAACUAAAUUUCCUCUAAGAAGCAGCCCACAGUCAAUUUUUAAACAUGCAGCAGUUGCAUUAGGCAUCAAGCUAAGCUAUUAGAGGAAGCAAGGCAUAGUAUAACUUAAUUUAGAUGCAGUAAAAUGUAAGCUUUCUUUUACAACUCCAUUGUCAAGUAUAAGAGAGAGAAAGAGGAGUGUGAAAAAUUAGAAGAAAGUAAACCAUUCAAAUUCAUGUAAAAUAAAGUUACAUUUGAGGCGAUAUUGGGUGUAAAAUGGAUAAUACAAGCUGAGUGUUGAGUUAAUUUUUAAAGGCUGAUAUUUGACUUUGGAGAA